ACAUCUCCGUCUCCAUUCCUCGCACGCAAAACUAGUGUUAGGUGGCAGCCAGUGCCAAACCGUAGCUCGUAGCUCUCCACUGACCGUGAGGAUUCUCCUUUGAAGGAGGAGCAGGAGGAGGAGAGCAAUGGCUGAGGAUGGCAGAGGAAAGGACAAGGAUGCGGUGGUGGAGAAGGCGGUGAAGCGGGAGGGCGGGUUCAGGACCAUGCCCUUCAUUCUGGCGAACGACUUCUGCGACCGCCUCGCGACGGUUGGGUUCAGCACGAACCUGAUCACGUACCUCACCCUGCAGCUGCACCUGCCGCUCGUCGAGGCCUCCAACUUGAUCACCAACUUCAACGGCACCGCCAACCUCACCCCGCUCAUUGGCGGUAUCAUUGCUGACUCCUUCGCCGGCCGCUUCUGGACCAUCACGUUCGGCUCCAUCAUCUACCAGCUCGGCAUGGUCUGCCUCACCCUCUCCGCUGCGCUCCCCUCUCUCCACCCGCCGCCCUGCGCUAAGCACGCCGCCGACUGCCAGCGCGUUUCGUCCUCGCAGAUCGCUGUGCUCUACGCCUCGCUGCUCUUCACGUCCAUCGGCACAGGGGGCACGCGCCCCUGCAUCAUGGCGUUCGGCGCCGACCAGCUCGAGCUGGACGCGCACGGGCAGCGGGGUGCCAAGCCCAAGUGGAGCUUCUUUAACCUCUACUUCUUCGGCGUCGAGCUCGCGAAGCUCACGGCCGUGACCGUCGUGGUGUACAUCCAGGAGAACGUCGGGUGGGGGUGGGGGCUUGGCGUGCCCACGAUCGCCAUGCUCGCGGCGGUGAUCGCCUUCGUGUCCGGUUACUCAUUGUACAUCAGGAUGCCGCCAGGGGGCAGCCCCCUAGUCCGGCUGGCGCAGGUCGCUACUUCAGCGUUCAAGAAGCGGAAAGCCGUCGUGCCAGACCCGAGCCUCCUGUACGAGGACAAGGAGCUCGACACCGGCAUCUCCACCACCGGACGUCUUCUCCACACCGAUCAGCUAAAGUUCCUUGAUAAGGCGGCCAUAGUGAUGGAUGGCGACGUGCUGCCGUCCGGCCAGCCGAAGCUGUGGCGGCUGUCGACGGUGCACCGCAUCGAGGAGCUCAAGUCGAUCAUCCGCAUGUUGCCGAUCUGGGCGGCUGGCAUCAUCCUGGUGACCUCAGCGUCGCACAACCACAGCUUCGCCAUCCAGCAAGCCCGCACCAUGGACCGCGACAUCACACCGCACUUCAAGAUCCCGCCGGCCUCCAUGCUCAUCUUCACCAACCUCGCCAUGCUACUCACCCUGGCCUUCUACGAUCGCGUGCUCGUCCGCGUGUUCCGCCGCUUCACCGGCCGGCCGAACGGCAUCACCCACCUCCAGCGUACGGGCGUCGGAUUGACCAUAUCCAUGCUGUCCAACGCGGUGGCCGCGGUCGUCGAGCGGAAACGCAAAUCCGUGGCCGCCGCGAGCGGACUGCUCGACUCCCCUAAGGCCACCCUGCCGAUGAGCGUCUUCUGGCUUUUUCCGCAAUACGCCAUCCACGGCGUCGCCAACGCCUUCAUGGACGUCGGUCGCAUGGAGUUCCUCUACGACCAAGCGCCGGAGAGCAUGCGGAGCACCGCGGCGGCGCUCUACUGGCUGACCAUCUCGAUGGGGAGCUACCUCGGCACGCUGCUGGUCACCAUCGUGCAUGUGAAGACGCAGCGAAGCGGGCAAUGGCUCCAGGACAACCUCAACCGAGGGAAGCUAGAUAACUACUACUGGCUCGUCGUGGUUCUGGAGGUGCUCAACCUCAUCUACUACUUCGUCUGCGUCAAGUACUACACCUAUAAACCAUUGGAGAUGGUCAGCGGAGAGAAGGGCGACGAGCUCUACAAUGAAACUGGCACUAAGGACGCCAAGAAGCAGGGUGGAAGCUUCAAGUAGCUUAGAGCGUGCUUCGAUCUCGAAGAGCUGGGUUGGGGUCGAUUAAAGGGUUGUUUAGCAUAGCUCCAUGUAAGAUUUAGAGUUUAUAAAUAAAAAUGUAUAACUUAAACAUCUAUUUUUGUCUAAAAUAAAAACAAUAUGAUAUAACCAAAUACUAUCAAUCUUCCCACCGCUCCA